GUUUUCCUAUAUUCAUUUUUUUAAUGUUCUUUAAUUUUUUGUUUUUAUCUUUAGUCUUUGUACAAUUAAUAAGUUAUUUAUUUUCUGUCUUUUGAUCCCUACAGCACAAGGGAGUUACAACAAGAGUGGCACCAUGAGGGCUGCUGGAGUGAUACUGUGGCCCUAGCCUAGGAUGACCCAUGAUCUUUGGCUAUGGUGUGAGGAUUGUCAGAAAGGACAUGAAGGAGAUUGCGAGGAACACGGUCCAUUGACGAAAGUGGCAGACACAGAGGUAUCCACGAGAGCACGUCGGUCUAUACCACACAUCCUGAAGCUGAAGGAAGACAUCGCCCACACGGGAGUUUAUGCGAGACAGUUGCUGACCAAAAGGCUGCAGUUUGGUCCCCUGCAGGCUGAGAAAAUUUUUGCGGGUAGUCAGCAGGUGGCAGUUGAGGAGGAAAUAAAGGAGAGGAAAUACCAGCACAAUGUGAACUCAAAGUAUGGUUUUCAAAGGACUAUGCUGAGAGGAUGGGAACAAGAAUACUUGCUGGUGAUAAAGGUGAGACCCCAGCUACUCGGGGCAAGCAGGCGAAGAAAAGCACCAGGAGAGGAGGAAGCAGCCAGCCGAACUCCCACGCCCUCCACUUCAGGUAAGAGGUCAAGCGCCAGCAGGGUUGAGCCGCCCACACCACAGCCAGAGAAGGCCAAAGCAAGUGUCAAGGAGGAGCUGAAGUCGCCCGCGUCCACCUCAGAAUCGGAGGAGUCGGAGGUCUUCUCCCUCUCUCCAGAGCGGAGAAGCCCGCGGUCCAGCCCUAGGGGGCGUGGAAGUGGAUACACGUGUACGGUUUGCCAAAAGGUUUUUCAUAGCCCUGGAAAGCUAAAGCAGCACUCCUAUUCACAUACGGGGGAAAGACCUUUUUCUUGUGACCUCUGCCAUAAGGCAUUUUCAUCUCGUUUUAAGUUAGUGCGGCAUCAGCUGAUUCACACAACUGAGCGCCAGCACCAGUGCCCAUCAUGUGAGCGUAGUUUUCACCGCAAGGACCACUUAAAGAAUCAUAUACAGAUUCAUGACCCAAACAAACAGUUCAAAUGUGAGAGGCCUGACUGUGGCAAGGAGUACAAUUCUUAUAUGUCCUAUAGAAAACAUUGCGCAGUGCAUGCUGCAGAAGAAGGAGAUCUUCAGUGUAAAAUUUGUCAAAAAAUGUUUGAAACAAAGGCAGACCUCAUCUACCACCUUAAGGUUCAUGUUGGAUCUCGGUCUGUCAAGAGUCCAAGUGAAAAGAAGUUUCAGUGUGAUCACUGUGAACGUCGUUUUUUUACACGAAAAGAUGUUAAAAGACACCUUGUUGUUCACACUGGAAAACGAGACUUUAGUUGUUCCUUAUGCCCACAGAAGUUUGGAAGAAAAGACCACCUAGUUAGACACAUAAAGAAAAGUCAUGGAAUUUCGGACAUAAGUCGUAUGGAAGGUUUGGAAUUGAGUGCUACUCCCGGGUCAUCCUCUGCUCCUCAAGCACCGUCUCCUAGUGCAAGCAUUGCCUCAUCCCCCCCUACCUCUGAACACCAGCAGUUGCCUAUGGUACUUUUACCUGAACCAGUAGCAGGUCCCUCAGGCCUUUCUGGCUCAGCAAGUAUGACAGGUGCUACAGGCCUUAUCGGAGCAGGGAGUGAGCCAGAGUUCAUCACCCCCCACUUCCAACAAGAUUUCCGAUUGUUUGAAGAGAGUAUCAAGGAGGAGCCCGAGCUGCAACCCAGCGUGGAAGAGAUCGGCCCAGGGGGAGAUGACCUCAGCAAGAUGCUGGGGAUGUAUUUCCCAUCAGGAUCUAUCAACUUGUCAGGAACAUCCUUGUUGGAGCCGGCAGCAGCUCAGCGUGCUGAAGUAGAGUCCCAACGAAGCUUACUGGAGUCAGCCCUCUUGCGUAUGACGCCAGAUGACCAAAAGGAGACUGUGAUGCUAGGGCAGGAGGAGAGCUUCUCUAGAGAGUCUCUGCACACCAGAUCCCUCUUUUCGGGGUCCCAGAGUGGGGACUUUAGUCAGGAAGGAAUGAUGUCAGCAGAGCUCCUCUCGGGUGACUCUUCAGGUGUUUCUGGGAGGUCUGUGCACUCCCCAGCAACACCACUGGCCCAACCUCAAGGGAGUGAGAUUCCUGCUGUCACAACUGCCGCCACGACCACAAGUGCCGCAGUCACCACAACUGCCUCGCUUCUGCCCUCACUGCCAGGUUUUGACCAAGUGUUCCCAUAGUGGAUGCGGAAUCUGUGAUACAAGCAGAGAUUGUACCUUGACUUACACAGGGAAGGAAUUAAAAGUGCACAUGGAAGUAGUCUAACAUAAACAG